CCUCCAGAGGCGGCCCCAACCUGGCAGGGGGCGCGAAACGCCACUGAGAUGCCCAACUCCUGUUGGCAGAUGAUUGAUACUAGCUUCGGUCGCGCCCAGAGAGUGGAAAUGUGGAACCCCAACACAAACAUGAGCGAAGAUUGCCUGUACCUGAAUCUCUGGAUUCCAUCAACAACGACAACCAAACCCAUCCUAGUGUGGAUCUACGGCGGUGGAUUCUGGGCUGGAACCUCGACCCUCAGCGUGUACAACGCCCUAAGGUUGGCCAGUAGAAGCGAUUUAAUCGUGGCCUCGUUUAAUUACAG